AGUGCCUAAAAACGCCUUUUUUGGACUGUUUUUUCAAACUUUUCCCUGCGGCGCAGAAAAUGUUGCUAAAAAAGGGACUAAACCAUGCUUAGGGAGAGCUCAAAAAUCAAUUCGAUCGACCUAAAAAAAAGUUCGACAAAAUUUUCAAAAUUGUUUUUGAAAAUCCGCCCCCCCCCCCCUCGAAAAAAUCCUAGAUCCGCCCCUGUUUGUAUUGCUAGAAAUUCAUGAAUGAAUUUUUAACAAAUGCGGUUUUUAAGAGUUCGGAAGUGUUUUAAAAGUCAAGUCACAUAAUACUUUCAACCCAUGUUGUUUUUUUGCAAAAAAAACUCGUUUGAUAUCUGCGCGCAGGUCAAAGUUUACUAUCGAGCUCACUUUUUUGUCUUCUCUGCUAGUUUUUGUCUUCUUUUUUAGUUUUCUUUUCUCUUCCGCAGUUCCCUUUUCUUCUGCGAAUUUGUGUAUUUGCAUUAUUUCUCCAUUUUUGGCCUAUCUCAACUUUCUUUAAAAGAGCCGAUGCUGAGGUUUUUCUUCAGACUGUCAAUGUCUAGAUUCAAAAUCAUUUGACUGCGCCACAGUGAACAGUGAUGGACACUGGGGUGCAAAAAAAGUAACUAGAAAUAAGAGAAGAAAAGAUAGGCAGUUAAAUUAAAACUAUCUUUUCUAUUCAACUAGAAUUAUGUCACGAAGUCCAAUGGCCUUCAAACAGACACACAAAUGGCAUGUAUCUAUUAAAGAAGUGAAGGUCAAAUUAAUGUAAUUAAAACACAAUUUAUAACAGAGGGAUUCUUUCGGUGGUUAAGAUAGACGCAACUGCGCUUGCCCCCAAAUAAUUCGACAAAACAGCAUGCAACUAAUUUAUAUCUCAUUUUCAGUUUCUUAUUGAUUCGCUCAGAGUUUUUGUCAAUGUUUUCAAAUUAUUCAGUCAGAUAUUGAAUAAUUGUAGUGAUUGUGCUACUUUCUGAACUAAGUUUCAUUUUUGACUUUCAAUUUGCAAUUACAAAAAGCAGUUACAUUUUGGAUGAGACUUGAUGCAACUCUAAAUUGUCAUUGGGUUGUCCCAUUCUCAAGUUCUAAGUCGAUUAAUUCCAGUUUCUUAAGAGAAAAAUCAAGUUCCUGUCAGAUACGGUAUUGGAACAAAACACUAGCCAGUCCCCAUAUCCCAAAAGAGUCACUGCUUAGUAUUUGAGACCGGUCACAAAAUUUAGCAGAGUAGAUUUUCUAUUGAAACCUGAAAAUGACUGGAUGAUAACUUGAUUAUUUUUAAAAGGUCUGCGAGGAAUGCACAAUUUGAGAAAGAAACUAGGAAUAAAAAGACGGGCCAAUUUUUCCUCCACGUGACUCUUCUCAAAAGAAAAAACUUUUCAGUAUUGAUUAAUUUCUCCUUCUCUGUUGUACAAACCUCCUGCCUCCCAUCUUGAGACCCCAAAUUGAUUAUAUGUCCGGUCCAAUAUCGACACCCAUGAUUACUACUUUUUUCUCAAUUCUUAUUCUUAAUAUCUGUUUUUACCGUUGUCAUUUGAUUCACAUUUUGUUAUUUGUAAAUGAACGCAAAUUUACACUGGUUUUCGAAGUAUAAAAAAUCGCUAUUAAUUUAAUAUUGUUAGAAAUCACAGUUUACAAUUGUAAAACGUCAUUUCCUCAAUUAAAAUUGAAAUAAAACAACUUAUAUUCCAUUCAUACUCCUUUGACUUUAUUCGCGACAGUGUUUUGCAGCGUUUUUUGCAAAAUGAAUAUUUGCUCGUUUCGGAUAAUUAGUUUAUUGAUUGGUAUGCUGACCUCCCUUCAGCUGUUGGAGUCGUCGAAAAAACCGGAUGCGAGAAACGAUUUGACAUCGCGAUUUGACACAAAUCGAACAGAUUCGUGCGAGAGCUACCUUUACCCCUGUUCCGACUACAUCAUCGGCAACGCAGUUCUCAUAGUCUACUACGGCAUCACUCUCGGAUAUGGCGCCAAACUCAUCUCGGACGGAGCAGAGGGACUUCUAGACCUCGGAGUGGCGCCGGCACUCAUCGGCGGCGUCAUCCUCCCCGUCUCGGGGGUUGUACCCGACAGCAUGAUGAUACUGGUGUCGGGUCUAGGGGACAAAGCGACCGCCCAGAAGCAGAUCUCAGUCGGGAUGGGGACUCUGGCGGGGUCGACGGUGUUGCUACUGACUGUGGUGUGGGGAGUGAGUUUGGUUGUGGGCCGAGUCGAUCUCGUGACGUCACCCACUUGCCAUGGUCUGGUGGCGAACAGCGAGAUUAGAUGCACGGGAUACAGUUUGACCAAACAAGGUGUGGAGGUUACGAAGGAGGUCACACUGACUGCAGUGAUCAUGGCCGCCACCACAGUGCCCUACUUCAUCAUCCAGUCCUCCGACUGGUACUUCGGGGCCACCAGAGUGGGAGAGAGGGAACCCUCCUACGUGAGAUGGGCUGCACUGGUCACCAUGAUCAUAUCAUUCACUGGAUUCGUGGCCUACAUUGUCAUGCAGUUUUUCAUGGCCAGCAAGGGGGCUAAUACUGCGCCCAUGAUUAAACAUCAGAAACACAAGGAAGAAGAAAUUGUUCUGCGGGCCGCAAAAAUGUUCUAUAUGGCUCCAAGCAUUACUCUUCGCAAUUCAAAUGACAACACAGGGAGUGAACGCGACGAACACCUUCUGGGCAAAAAAUACUUCGCUGGAUGGCGCCUCGCAGCCCAGGCCAACCGGAAGGCAAGGGACCACUUCCAGUCUCAAAAUGUAAAUGUAGUCGAGACAGCCAUGAACGGAAACUGCGAACAAUCACAGCUGAUCGGCAACAAUAUUCCGCCUGAGAUCGAUGACAAAUCGGGUCCAAAUUGGGAAGUCUUAGGUCCUGCGAUUGGACGCCUGACAUUUGGCGUUGCUCUCGUUACUAUCUUCUCCGACCCUAUGUGCGACAGUUUGACCCGAAUCACUGACCCUAAGAACCCGCAACAUAUUCCCAUAAGCUCCUUCUAUAUUUCUUUUAUUAUAACUCCCUUGUGCUCAAAUGCAAGUGAACUUGUUUCGUCAGUGGCCUUUGCGAUGCGAAAGGAAAAGGAGAAUUUGGUGAUGACCUACACGCAACUAUACUCGGCCGCUAUUAUGAAUAACACCAUGUGUCUGGGAGUGUUCUGCGCUUUAGUUUACUUCCGAGAUUUAGAGUGGUACUUUUCAGCAGAAGUCACCUCAAUUCUGUUCACAGAAUUCCUCAUGGCAGCUCUUGCACUGAAGUGCCGCAAAAUUUACAAGCUAUAUUGGGCAUUCCCUGUCAUUUUGAUCUACUUUUUGUCAUUGCUGCUUGUAAUGUUCCUAGAAAAAGUUCUCAAAUGGGGUUAAUUUUACUCUAAAGACAAAACGAAAAUACGCACUUAGUUUCUAGAAAAAAUUUCCUUGAAUGAAGAUAGACUUAUUACAUUUGUGGCAGUGGCGUUCUUUUGCUGGGAGACGGGGGCUCUAGAAAAUAAAUGGUUUACCGGCAUAUCAUAAGAUCUAAA